CAGAGCAGCAGCUGAGAGUCCAGAAGAGCAGUGAAGGCUGGGCUUGAAAGUCUCAACUCUUGUGUGUGUGUGAACUUCAAGGAGAAAGUAAGCAGAGGGCCUUGUGGAGACUAGAGAGUGGUGGUGUGAAUUGUGGAUAUGGGAAUAGAAGAUUCUGCCUGUUAAGAACUGGAAUCUGUACUGAAGUUGUGAAGACAAAAUAUCUAGAGCACAGAAAUCAUGGGAGCUGAAGAAGAAAUGCUCAUCACUCUGUCUGGAGGUGCCCCCUGGGGCUUCCGCCUGCAAGGGGGUUCAGAGCAGAAAAGACCCCUUCAAGUGUCAAAGAUUCGAAAGAGAAGCAAAGCGUGCCGUGGAGGCCUGUGGGAAAAUGAUGUUCUGGUAUCUAUCAAUGGGAAGUCAUGUGCUGGCCUGUCCCAUGCUAAUGCCAUGCAGAUCAUCGAUUCCUCCAAUGGCAUGCUCAACAUCCGUGUGAAAAGGAUAGUUGGUGGGGACCAGACUGGCCCGUGGCUCCAGCGCUCCCCUUCUCCAGGGCAGCGAGUACUCUCUCCACCAUCCGCGCCCAGCCCCUCAGCACAGUCACUCAGCUCUGAAGCAGCAGGAGCCCCAGCCACCACUCAGCCCUCGCAGCCAUGGAGGUCACAGAGGCACCUGGAGAGCCUCACGUCCCCACCGGACAGCGAGGCCUACUAUGGUGAGACCGACAGCGACGCUGACAACGUGGCGCAGGAGAAGCAGCGCCGUGCUCGCAGGAGGAGCCCGCGCUCCCCGCCGGACAGCACCAGCGGCAGGACGGACGCGCCUCAGGACGAGGUGUCCCUGUCCGAGCAGAGCGGCUACGAGAGCAUGCCCGAGGCUGCGGCGCAGGGGGGAGCCGAGCCCGCCAGCUCCGGCGGGGUGGCCAAGAGGGAGAUUGUGUGCCUGCCUGGCAGCCGCACGGACACUCCGUUCUCGGACAGCGAGGGACAGCUGCGGCCGCCGUCAGCAGAGGGGCGGGAGCCUUCCCCAGAGGCCAUGCUCCUGCCGCACGCCACCAAGGCCAUCCGAGCGGAGCGCCACCUCAUCCCCAUGGUGGGGCCGGUGGAACACCCGAUUGAUGAAGACCUGACCACCACCUAUACAGAGAAAGCCAAGCAGGCCAAGCUCCACCGCCACGAAAGCAUCCAGGAGAAGAAUGUGAAAGAAGCCAAAACCAAGUGCAGAACCAUUGCAUCCCUGCUGACAGAUGCACCCAACCCCCACUCCAAGGGGGUGCUGAUGUUUAAGAAACGCAGGCAGAGGGCUAAGAAGUAUACAUUGGUGAGCUUUGGCAGUGUGGAUGAAGACCGUUCCUACGAGGAGGAAGACGGAGUUUUUCCAACCAGUGAAUCUGAAUUUGAUGAGGAAGGUUUCUCUGAUGCCCGAAGCCUAACUAAUCACUCAGACUGGGACAACACUUACCUAGACAUUGAAAAGUCCAAAUCUGACUCUGAACAGAAGGAAGAGAAGCAAAAAGGUUUGAGUGAAGCUUCAGGUAAAGGAGCACGAUUAUUUGAGCAGCAGAGGGAACGGGCUGGGAAGUACACAGUUGAGAAAACUCCAGUGCAGAAGAGCCCAGAGCUUGCCCCAGCUGCCCAGCCAAAGCAGGGCACAGUGAACGGAGAUAUGCCUGUGCCACAGAAGGCAGACAACGUGCCCCUCAGCAUCCACCUGGAGGCUGUGCAAGUGCCCAGCAAGCAGCCAGCCACUGUCCCCACUCAGCUCCUGACUGCCCCCAGCCCCACUUUCUUCCCUCCUCCCCCAGGCACCCCCGACCCCUUCUCUGCAAGUUCAACAAGCAUGUUCAACAGGUCUGCACGGCCCUUUACUCCUGGCUUUUCUGGUCAGCGUCCAGCAACAUCCUCUGUCAUUUUUAGGCCACCUGCACCCAAAAAACCCACUGAAAGUCUGGGUGGGCAAAGCACAGUGGUUCCCCCUUUCUCACCUCUGGUUCCAGGAACACCUGCCAAUGCCCCAGUGCCAACACAGCGUGGUCCAGUCAGCUCCUCCACAUCUCUGUAUAUUCCUGCACCAGGAAGACCAACAUCACCACUGGAGUCACAGCCAAAAGGGGGAGGAAGCGCUUCAGAAGUCAAGCCUUCUGCCAACACUGCCCGGACAUCCACCACCUCUAUCUUUCUGUCAACUCCCUCAAAGCCAGGAGGGGAUGUGGCCUCCGCAGCAUCCCAGCCACGAGUCCCUGGAACAGCCUCUUCUUCAUUGUAUAUUAGUCCAGCACCAUCACAGCACAUGAGAAGCAGCUCCCCUGUGCCAAAACAGUCUUCUCCUGCCGUAACUCCAGCAACACCACGACCUCCUUCAGAGCCCUUAACCUCCAGGGAGCAGAGGAUUGCUGUGCCAGCUCCCCGCACAGGCAUCCUGCAGGAGGCUCGCCGACGGGGCAACAAGAAACCCAUGUUCAGUAAGAUUGAGGAGAAGAAGAAGAAUUCACCCAACCCUGAGCUCCUGUCUCUGGUGCAGAACCUGGAUGAGAAGCCAAAGGGUGACCACCCUGCGGCAGGCUUUGAGUCUGGGCCUGAGGAGGACUUCCUCAGCCUGGGUGCUGAGGCCUGCAACUUCAUGCAGUCCUCAGGCCGCAAGUUCAAGACCCCACCUCCGGUGGCCCCCAAGCCUCAGCAAGAUGCUGGAUUGGUCAAUGGGGCCCAGGACAUGCCUCAGCUUAAAGGCAAGGGGGCAGAGCUCUUUGCCAAACGCCAGAGCCGCAUGGACAAAUAUGUGGUGGAAACAACACCGAAGCCAGAGUCCAAGCCCAGGACCCCCUCUCCAUCCCCUUCUCUACCCUCAUGCUGGAAAUAUUCACCCAACAUCCGGGCUCCCCCUCCGAUAGCUUACAACCCAAUGCAUUCCCCUUUCUAUCCUCUGGCAGCCAGCAAAUCUCAGGCUAGCAAAGCAGAGAGCAAAGUGAAAAAGGCACCUGGCCAGAAAUCAGGGAUCAAGGUCAUUGAUUUAAUGCGCCACCAGCCCUAUCAAUUGAAGUCAGCCAUGUUCUGUUUUGGGGAUCCCCCAAGCCCCAGCACUCAGACUACUCCUGGUCAGCCAACCCCACAGGCUAGCUCAUCCUUCGUGGCAGCCAAGCAGGUCCCUGUGAAAAUAGCCAAGACCCAGGAGAUUCGUCGCUUCUCCACUCCGGCUCCCAUGCCAGCCUCCAGCAGCCUGGCACCCACUGUGCUUAUGCCCCGCUCAGCCACCACGCUGGAUGAGCCAUUGUGGAGAACAGAAAUGGCCUCUUCUGCCCCUGCUACACCAGCACCCUUCCAGGUGGAGCUCAGCCCCUCCCCUAAGCCAUAUCAGAGCUCCCCAGAGCCUGGACAGGUGGGACAGGGACCUCCUCCAAAUUCAGCCUCUGCCUCUCGGUUUCAGGUGGCCAGGCCCAAAUUCUCUGCAGCAAGAACAGGCAUGCAGGCCAAUGUGUGGAGGCCAAGUUUUGGCCAUCACUGAGGCAGGCACCCCUCCCAUCCUGUCUGUGGCCCCACAGAGAUAGUGCUUGUUUUGUCUUUCAUGUCAGCUCAGUACAUUGGGAUGAGUGACACAAAAUGAAGAAAAAAAGCCUCAAAAAAUUACUGCCCUUCUGCACCACCCCCUUCCCCAGCCUCCCCUUGGUCUCAGAUGGGAUGCUUCAUGGAAAGGCUUACUGGCUGUGGCUUUCCCAUGAGACCGUUCUUCUCUGAUCCUCCCAGUCUGUCCAGUUCACCUGUGUGUGCACACACACAUGCACACAGCAACACUCAGCAGGGAGGGAAAGGACAAGUGGGGCCUCACCUGGGACAUUUCUCCCAGAAUUCCCUCGGUGGGGGUAUGGGAAAGAAGGCAAGAGAGCAGAGGGAGCAGCGCUGUUUGCCCAUGCACAUGUGGGCAGUGUGGCUGCGCCCAAGAGUGCCCAUGUGUGCCUGUUCCUCCAGUCACCAGGGCUGGGGCUAAAAAGGAGAGUCAUCCUAGCUGGUACUAAUUACCACUAUCAGCUCUGGAAAUAGUUUGUCAAAGAGGAGCUUUGAGGGGACUUGAUGGGGCUAUCACCACCUGUGGGAACUGCAGUAGGAAGUAUCCAUUUUUAAGGAUACACAAAAUCAAAGCCAAGCUCAGGAGUGUCUGGUUGGCACAAAGAAAGGCCCUGCAGCAUCAGUCCCACUGAACAGGAUAUGGAUGCUGUAAGUAGAAAGGUGGAUUGCAUGGGAAGAGGUACAGUUAGCUAUAAAAUGAGACAGGACUGAAUAUGCAUUUGUUCAUGAUCUUUUGGUUUAGUUCAGGACAGAAGUGGGACUAAAUUAGAAAUGGGUCAUGGCAUAAAACUUGCUGAAAGCUUUGUGAUGAGGGGAAAACAGAGGGCCUUUACAGACAUUCUCAGCAUGGAAGUGAAGGUCAGGAAAACAGAAAGUCACAAGUAAAACUUCAUACGAAACGACUUAGGUAUUAUUGUGGGGCCUGUUUGGUAAAAACAGCAGUGCUCUGAGAAUCCCAGAGGAUCUGCACUCAUACACAUAUACAGAGUUCAGUUUGCUGGUGAUACUGGGGAAACAGUACUGGUUAUUCCUUGAAUGUCCCAGGCUAGCCUCCCACUUCAUCUCCACACUACAGGCAUUCAGAAGAAAGCACUGUCUUCCCAAGGAAGAAUUCGGCAUUUUAGUAGGGACUGUGCAUGUGUGUGUGCAUGUCAUCUAUUCUCUGCUUUACACACCCCCCAGCCAUUUACGUUCUGCUUGUGAUGCUCCUUUGCCAGCAGCCACUUUUCCAGUGUGAUCCCACAAGUACACCAAGAAAGAUUGCUCCUGGCAAUCUGGCUCCAAACACAGCAGAUGCCCCAGCUGCAGGGAAGGCGUUUGCCACCUCUUUCUGGGUCAGGGUUGCCCAGCCUUUUGCAAAACCCAGAGGAAUGUGUACAGGAGGCAGAAUGAGGGUCUCAAAGCCCUCUCUCCUUGAGACAAGUCUCCCUCUCAUUAGACAUGCUCCUUUGCUUCAAGCGGUAGCCAUUCCCUGACUGGACUGAGCACAAACUUUGGAUAUACAAAAGUGUAGGUUCUGGGGAAAAAAAAAGGAAUGCUAAUGAGUGUGAAGCAGUCUGUAUGCAGUGCAGCUAGUGUUGUUUCAUACUAAAUCUAAGCCAACCUUCCUCUGCACAGCAAGAGCUUAUGAUGUGUAGCUUUUUCAUGACAGCUGGGGGCUCCACUUUUUCUUGGAGGCUUGAAAGUCUUUCUCUGUGAGCACCUGGAGAUUUUUCAUGCGUUCUCUCCUGUGAAGAAAAGGAAGGCUGGAAAACCUAGCCAGCACCUCUGACCCUGGACAAGCUUCGGAGGGAGAGAAUGAGAGAAAAGGAGAAGUAAUUCACAAUUCUGCCUUUGAAUCCUUCCCAAUCUGGCUGGACUUUUUUUGCACACCUGUGUUUGCAGUGCACAUUCCUGGUGGCCCUGAAACAUAUCAUGAGCAUGCUGGGAAGAGAGGAGGACAGAGCUUACACCUCACUUGGCACACUAUCAACCGUGGGAGAGGAUUGUAAGAAAAGCCAUGGGAAUACCUUGAGUUAAUGGCCAAAGGUGAGGCUGAGGCAGAAGAGAUGCUGCAUCUGGUUGUAUGACACAGGAGCAGCCAACCUGAGUUGAUGAGGAGACUGUGUCCCUGAAAAGCCCCAGAGAGGAUAUCUUACAAGAAAUCAUCACCCCAGAGUUAAUUCAGAUCACCAGAAUCCAUUUAGCUCCAGUGAAGGGGAGCAGCCAUGCUAUAAAACCUAUCUCAGAUGAUUCCUUUCUCACUCAUCCUGUACUGCAUUGCAUUGCCAGCAUUUCUGGGAAAAAAACAAAACCAAAAGCAAACAAACAAAAAAAGAUAAAAAAGUAAACCAAAAAAAGAAGAAAAAAAAAAAAGAAAGAAAAAAAACCUGUGUGCAAACUGAACCUCUGUGACUCUUCCCAAACAUAGAGAGAGGAAUCUUCUAUUUCAUCUAGGAAAGCUCUAAGAAGGAAGUCAAGAAGUAGCAGUGCUCCAAAAGCUUUGUCUCUCAUCUUGUGGAGUGUUGUCUGUCUCUGGCUAGAGAUUUAAGCCAAUAGCCUUAGACAGACAAGCUAGGCCAGGCUGAAAGCAUUACCAAACUCAGGUGUAGAGAGGGGUUGUGUGGACCAGAGGAAGGGUGCUCAACAUAAUUCUGCAGUCAAGAAAUAACCUCAGAAAGUUUGAAUCUUACUCCAGUAUCCCUUUCCCUCAGGCCCCUAAAAUUAAGUGCUCUCAGGGCCUGAAAGUCUCAGGAAAUUCAUUUUGCCACUGGAAAAAUAGAGAAGUCUGGCCUCAGUAUGUAAGGGAGAUUGCAUGGGUUUAGUAUUUUAGUGAUCCCACUCCAGAUUUCUGGGAGACAAUGAUUUCUUCUGAGGAGUGAUUGCCAAACACCAUUCAGUGUUAGAUAUCAUGAUCUAAGUGAGUAGAAUAAAUGCAUUUGCCCCAUCAUUUCUGAUAAUGUAAUGGGCAGGAAAUGAAAAGUUUACGUUUGCCUAGAGAACGAAUAUAAAAUAUAAAAGCAAGGAAAAGAACCAGGAGGCUGGGAAUCCUGCAUUUUACUUACAUCCUUGCUUCAAAGCUAUGUUUAGAAGCAAAACUGAAGUAGUUUAAUAGAUUUCAGCCCCUCACAAACUUUUCUGGAUCCUUUGCUGACACAGGACUGAUCUGCAGAAGCAGAGGCUGUUGCAGAUGAGGCCUACAGUGCUCGUGUUGUAUCCCAAAUAAGGCCUGUAGCUGCAAGUAGCAUGAGAUGAGAAAUAAUACUGAGAUGCAUCUGUUAAGUUUUAAAGAAGAAACCUGAACUACUGCUGGCUUUAAGCAGCUCUGCUAAUGUCUGCUCAUGAAAAUACUGUGGCUGGCCUGUUAAAAAGGUCACAGGUGAGGUUACAAGGAAUACUUUAGAAACAUGUAAGCUUGUCUUGAGCCUCUCCAAAUGUCUAAUUCCUCAGCUGUUGAACAAGCACAGACAUAAACAGUUGUUUGACAAGUUUUAGCUCCCACCUGCUAAGUUAUAAGCUGCAGUGGUAGGCCAAACCCCAGUGUUCCCUUGUAAAGUAUUUGAAGAUGUCUUCAUGGGCUCUGAUUUAAAACUGCCUAUCAUCCUUCCUCUCUAGCAUGCUGCAGGCUACACAUUGCAGCUCUGGGCAAUUCAGGGGUUUUAUCUUUGCUUCAGAAGUAACAGUCCCUUCCCUCUCCAUAUAUGGGAACACUUACCAGAGAUAACUUCAAAAUCCUGCAGCACCCUGGAGGAAGCAUCUCAGAAGAGACUGGUGUGAUGAGGAGUCACUGAUGCCAGACAUGAGCACAGUGUGAGGCAAGAUUGUUCCUCAUGAAGAAUAUGCUCCCUUUCUGCUAUAAUAUCCAGCACCCCUACUAAACCCUUUUCGUAGAAGAGACCCAUCAGUGCUGUGAAAAUGGGAGCCCAGCAGCAGUGCUCUGUCUGGUGAAAGAUGUGAGCCCAGAUGAACAGAGCUGGCAUCUUUGUUUUUGGAAAUACCUUUCUUCCUUUUCUGUUUUGUCUUUUUUUUUCCAAUUUACAAUCACUUUCUAUUUGUUUGUGCAGAGAAAUAAACUUGUGAUAUGCACUUUA